AUGGGCCUAGGGGGGAGGGGUAGUAGGGCGACCAAUGGGCGAAGGGUUCUAGACCGACUGGAGGAGGCUGGGGUUUUCCGCUGGCUAGGGACCAAUUCACUGCGCAGUGUUUGGUGGUUGGCUUUUACGGGGAAGGACGCGACACGACCCAGGUUUGAGGACAGAGGAGAAGAUAACUUGUGCGAGCCGGCCGGGAGCGGGGCUGAGGAACACGUUGGGACUCUGAGAGAUACCAACCCGGCCGUUGGCGCGACGACAGCACAGGAGGGGGGUGGGAGUAGCGAGAUGCACAUUACCAUGGUGGCGUGGGUUCGGAGCGACGCGAUGCACGCGAUGGUGUCCACUCCAACAUGGGGGUACUUCUUGAACUUGUUCGAGUUGUCAAGAGUCCUAGAUCUACCAGCGGAUGAUCUUCGCGCCAUGCUGCAGCCUCCGUGUGCCCGAAAGUCUACGAUCGAGCAUGAACUGUUCCUCUCGACGUUCGGCAUUAUCCCGGGGUGUCAUGACGGGAAGCCCGCCUGGCAUUUGCUUGGAUGUGGGCGUUGUCAACAAUUAACGUAGGAGGGUGAGUGACAUUGUCCUUGUGUGUGGUGUUCGCAACGUGUCGUGUUUGCAUGUCCUGGGUGCCAUCCAAUCGCUUUGGUUUUAUGUUAUGGGUGUCUUACGAUGAUUUUAUUGGAACUGCCAAGCGGGGUGACGCCGAUUUCUGGGGAGGCGCGGGUAAAGUGCAGAGGGAAACCACCGGAGGGUUCGAUGUUUGGGGAACUCAUUUGUCCCUUGUUCUUGAUGCACCUUUGCAGUGUCGUCAUGGGGGGGGGUGUUGCUGUGAAAAAUGUAUCCCGAUAGACGCUCGACUUGAUUGUUUCAGUAUGUUUUUGCUCUCGGAACUGUUCGGAGGGGGGUGCAAGGAAACGUCCGCACAAGCGGGGGAGCAGGAACACAGACAGCCUUUUGCGUGUCUUCCACACGAGUCUAUGUGUGCAUUAUAUUUUUUGUUUACGCAUGGGUCUACGUGCACAUUUUUUGCAUGGUUUACGG